AUGUCACUACCUUGGCAUAUUCCAUUAGAGGCUGCACCCUGUUUUAAAGAAAAACUCAAUGCGGUACAACCAACAUUGCUCAAACAUUACUGUAACAUUAAUGUACACGAAAAUCCUUGCGAGGAGCUACAAACGGGACUCAUGUGUGACAUAGGACUUGAUAACAGAGAACCAGCUACAAUACAAAGACUAAUAGCUUCAGGGAUGACUGUAGCACGAUUAAAUAUGCAAAAUUUAGAACCAGAAGCAUGCGCUCAACUUAUUCAAAGCAUCCGACAAGCUGUGUAUAAUUAUAGUUUAGAGCUAGAUUUUGUUUAUCCUCUAGCUGUCGUGGUUGAUGUCAAAGGUCCAGAUAUUGUCACAGGAGGACUGAAAAAUGGUCCACAUGCUACUGUUGAGCUUUUACAAACUGAAACAAUUCGGCUAACAAUAGAUCCCAGUUGGAGGGACUGUGGGACAUCGGAAUGCCUUUACGUAGGAUAUGAUCAAUUGACAGAUUUGAAUACAGAUGAUAUAAUUUAUAUAGAUAGCUUAUCACCAGGAAAAAUCAAACUAGUUGUUACAGAAGUGGGAGAUGAUUCCUUAGAAUGUCUUAUUGUUAUUGGCGGUACCAUUGGAGCUAGUAUGGCAGUGCGUAUAUCAUCAAUACCUAUGGAAGUACAAAGCUGUAGACGAGAUGAUAGUGCUGAUUCCAUUUCCGAUAUUAUUAGUUCAAGCCAAGCAUUUGAACAUUUAGAUGAACAAGUUAAUUGGGCUACAGCUUCAGAUGUUGAUGCUUUAUUAGUACCCAACUGUCAAGGAUCACAUGAUAUCAAACAAAUUAAAGAAAUGCUUUCAGAGAAAGGAAAACACAUUCUUGUCCUUGCUUGUAUAGAUACAGUCCUAGGGCUUGAUAAUAUAGAUGAAGUACUGGAAGAAGCAGAUGGCAUUUAUGUUGAUCGAUCUGUUUUGAGUACUGAUUUACCAGUAGAAAAAAUAUUUUUGGCCCAAAAACAGAUUCUUGCGAAGUGUAAUGCAGUGGGAAAACCUUGCUUAUGCAAAGCAGUACUUAAUGAACAAAUACCAACACUAUGCGUAACAGAUUUAGCAAAUCUCGUUUUAGACGGAGCAGAUGUUCUUUCUUUAGAACUUCAUUAUGAUUCACCCCUAAAGAAAUUUGCACCAUUGUAUGACGCUAUUCGUAUGGCCGAACAUUGCUUAGGAGCAGCUGGAGUAAUUUGCAGACAAGCAGAAAGAAUAACAUGGAAACCUAAUAUUCAUGGAAAUCAAGAUUUACUUAAAAAUCGUAACGAGGAUCCAACAAAAUCUGUUUGUAUUACAGCAGCUGAAUUGGCAGCAUUGUCGCAAGCAGUUGUAAUUAUAUGCUUAACGAAUUCAGGUCGUACAGCUAAAAUUUUAUCCUAUAUAAAACCGGUGUGUCCUAUCGUUGCCGUGACUAGAACUUGUCAUACAGCUAGGCAAUUGCGAUUUUGGCGUGGCGUACGCGCUGUACAUUAUUUUGAAUCUCCUAAAGGAAAUUGGUUAAAUGAAGUAGAAUCCAGGAUAUUUGCUGCAUUAAACUACUGUAAAGCAAAAAGAAUGCUACGUGCAGGUGAUGCAUACGUUAUCAUUUCUGGAUCACGUCGUGGUGUAGGAUAUUGUGAUUCGGUCAAACUUUUAUUUGCAAGUGUUCGGGAAGCAACCUAUUUGGAAUAG